GCCGAUCUUGAGAACAUGUGACCCUUUUGUUAACAUGAGACAGUAAGGAAUAAUGUCCUCACACAGGCACAAUAACCAAUAGAUGGCAGUAAAAGGACACAGAGAUUGCAGCUGCCUAAACAAACAUAAAGGGGGUUAAAAAAAGGAGAGAGAAAGAGAGAGAGAGGAAAAAAAAAACUUGUGCAAGAUGGCGUUUGACUGGAGGGAGAGGGAGCCCCUCUGUGCAACCCCUGGCUGCUGAGAGAGGGGAGCAGGCAGCCUGGGAGGGAGGCUGCACCCUACAUGGCGCUGGGAAGGCUAUCUCUGCUGUGGGGUUUGCAUUGGGCUGGCUGUGUCCUGGUGGUGGCUGCAAGGGAGACCAUCUGGCUGGACCUCAGCUGCAGCCCCGGCCAGACACACACUGUACUCCUACCAGACCAGGAAGCCAUCUUACAUUGUGAGGUGGGCAGCAGAGAGGUGCCGUACAAUGUAACCUGGAAGAAGGAUGGGGUUCAGCUGAAAGCAGAUGAAGCCCUGAGAGUCCUCCGCAAUGGGUCUCUGGUCAUAUCGCAGAUGGAAAGUGACAACAUCGAGGGAAAAUAUUCCUGUGCAGCCCAGGACUCUUUUGGGAUUGUAACAGGCAGAAGUCACACAGUGAGACUGGCAAGUCUUCCCUCUUUCCACCAACAGCCUGAGUCUCAGACUUUGAUGCCGAACAGUAUGGCACGGUUUGAGUGUGGUAUCAGCGGGUUUCCACCUCCUGAGAUCACCUGGCAAAAAGACCAGACUCCAGUUCCAGCUGAGUCUAGGUUUCUUACCAUCCCCUCUGGAGUUCUGCAGAUAUCAGGGGUCCAGAAGAAGGAUGAAGGGUUUUAUCGUUGUGUGGCAACCAACAUACUGAACGCCAGCUACAGCAGCGAAGCACAUCUGUCUGUGGUGCAAGAUGCAGAUGUUUAUGCCUUGCCGGAGGAGCUGACAAUUACUAGAGCUCCACAAAACCUGACAGUGAAGGAAGGUCAGAGUGCUCUCAUGGAGUGUAUGGCUAAAGGGAAUAUCGUACCACUGGUCUCUUGGAUCCGGCAGGAUGGAAAGCCGAUCUCUCCUGAUAUCAAAGUGCUGGGAGAGACAAAUCUCCUGGUGCCACAGGCGCAGCCACGUCAUGCUGGGGUCUAUGUGUGCCGAGCCAACAAGCCACAUACUCGUCAUUUUGUCACUGCCGCAGCCCAUCUUCACGUUCUGAUCCACCCAAUCAUUACCCAGCCUCCAGAGACUAUCACACGGGCCCGUGCUGGAACUGCUCGAUUUGUGUGCCGGGCAGAGGGGGAGCCAGUACCAACUAUUCACUGGCUAAAGAACGGACAACCAUUUCUCUCCAAUGGCAGAGUGAGAAUUCAGCCCAGGGGCAGUCUAGUUAUCACACAGAUUGCCCUGGAGGAUGUGGGGUACUACCAAUGUUUGGCAGAAAACAAUGUUGGCAGUGCCUGUGCCACUGCUAAGCUGUAUGUGACAGUUCAAGAUGGACUGCCUGGCCCACCACAAGCUGUAAAGGCAGUGACAGUGUCCAGCAGAUCAGUGACAGUGGGAUGGGAACAGCCGGAGAGCAACUGGGAGAGAGUCAUAGGCUUCUCACUGCACUACACCAGGACUGGAGGCUCAGACAACAUGGAAUACCAGUUUGCAGUAAAUAAUGAUACAACAGAACUAUAUAUCAGAGACCUGAAACCUGGGACAAAGUAUACCUUCUAUGUGGUAGCAUAUUCCCAGCAAGGUGCCAGCAGUGCGUCUCAGCCAAUUGUUAUAAAGACUCUGGAUGAAGUUCCAUCAGCUGCCCCAACUCUGAACCUUCACAGCGAUUCCCCCUCACGCUUACAUGUGAGCUGGCAGCCACUACCACCUGAGCUGAUCAAUGGGCAAGUCACCAAAUAUCGCAUUGAUUAUGGCACGCAGAAGGAUGACGACAUCUCCUCCAUAGACGUUCCGGGGAAUGAGACUCAGGCAGUGCUGGUGCCAGUGCAGCCCAACAGUUUGUACAAAGUGAGGAUCUCAGCUAGUACAGCCGCAGGAGAUGGAAUUCCCUCCCACUGGAUUCAGCACCGCACUCCUGACACAGACAACCAAACACACGUCCCUUCUCAGAUGCAGCUCAAGGUCACUCCCCGCACUGAUUCCCUCGCUCUCAGUUGGGAGCUGCCCCAUGGCGAGUUUCCAGUCACGAGUUUCAGACUGUAUUACCGUCUCAUAUGCCCUGCUCUGGCUUUUGGUGGCUCCUGUCAACAGCAAGUGGAAAGGUGGGAUGGGACUCCCAUCAAGCUGAAGAAGAAGAGGAGACAAUAUGAAAUAACACAGCUAAUGCCCGGACAAGUGUACCAAGUGAAAUUAGUGGCAUUUAAUAAGAAUCAGGAAGGGCAGACUGUUACAUGGAAAGGAAGGACCAGACAGAUUCCCUCCAUUGCACCAGUACCCCCUGCACAGAGGAUUCCCCCGCUCCCGCCCAGUCAUGUUGAAGUUAAACCUAACAGCUCCACGUCGGUGUGGGUACGGUGGAGAAAACCUACUUUCACCACUAGCAAGAUAGUGAACUACACGGUGCGCUGUGGGCCUUUGGGAGCUAUGAACGCCUCUCUUGUGACCUAUCAUGGCAGUGCUUCUGAAGAGAUCCUGGUUGCAGGCUUGAAACCUUACACCAAGUAUGAGUUCCAAGUACGGUCUAAUGGUGUCGGUGUGGAAGGGCCAUAUAGUGACAUCAUGGAGAAAAUGACACUGCCAGACAGGCCCUCUUCGCCACCUGCUGACCUGGUACUGCAGCCCUUGUCCCAGUUUUCUGUUCAGCUGCACUGGCGCCCUCCUGUGGAGUCAAAUGGAAUCGUUGCCCAAUAUCUAAUCAUGUACACGUCCAACAACAGUCAGCCUGAUGAGAUGUGGACUCUCUUGACAAGAGAUGGAAACAUGUUUAGCACAGAGGUGCAGGGAUUGCAGAGUGGGACCAAAUAUUAUUUCAAGAUGGGAGCAAAAACCGUGUCAGGCUGGGGACCCUACACCAAAGUAUUAGAGGUGCAGACGUUACCUCCGACGCCACCAGCAGAUGUCCUGGACAUGAAUUCUGUGACUGGAAUAAUAGUGGGGGUUUGCCUUUGUCUCUUGUGCCUCUUGCUGUGUAUGUGUGCCAGCUUCCAACAGGGCAAGCAGAGGGACAGCUCGGAUACAGGGUCCCGCUCCAGUAGGGCCCCCGCAUCUUAUCAGCGAGCCAGGCAGGAGUCCUGCUCACAGGGUCAUGGUCAAGAUUCACAUGAACUGGAGACUCUCAUGCCCUCCCAGCAGGAAGAUACUCCAUCCCUUCCUGUUCCAGAAGCCACUAAUCUGAUUGUGGGACAGAACCCAGUCACAACGGCCCAACCAGAGGAAAAAAAUCCACUGAAAAUGAAGCCAUCUUGGAAUGGGUCUGUUACCCAGAACUGGGCUAAUCACAUCACCAGUUACACAGAGUCCAUUACUGGGGACCUCACGUCAGCAGCUAAUGGUUCGGCAAAUCCAUUGUCCUCUGGAGGCUUAAGGAUGACUUUAAAUGACUUUUCUUAUGAACCCUUAAAGGUAGAUCUUGGGAGGAGUCACAGGAAUUCAUCUCAGAACCAAGUUGAGGCAGACGUCAUUGUACAUUCCGAUUUCUCUGCCUCGGAAAGGAGUGGACAUUGUGCUGGACUGGAUUCUGAAGAAGAGGAGGAAGAUCUCAGUCUGGAUCAGGACAGGUCCAUAAAUGGGACUCAAACCACAGUUCUCAGUUCUCAAGUCCAGCCUCUAACAGAGGAACAUAGACAAGACAGGAGUGAAGAGGAAUUAAACCCUACAACAGACACAAAAGCAGAUGCUACAGACUUAAAGAACCAGCUCCUGCUCAAUGGCUUCCACAAGAGUGUGGACUCUCAGGAUCUUCAGCCAACAGAGAGCAGUGUUCUCAGAGCAGAGUGUGGAGACUCACUUGCAGAUGAUGUUUCUGUUGUACUGAAAGCCCCACAGGACUUAGCACUCAGCAAUACACACGCAUCACUUCAUCCCAGUUCACCUGACAGGCAGUGUAUUGACUCAUUCAAUGGCUGAGGCCCUAAACUCCAGCUUCAUGAGGCCAAGUGUGUGUGUGAGUUUGUUUAAAGUAAAAGGGCAGAGGGGACAAACUCGCUUUCCAGGCAGAAAAAGAACUCAAAGACCAUCACUUUUAUAUCACACUCAUGGAAAACUGGGGAAAUAGCAUUGUUUCGGCAAUGGCCUGAAGGUAACAGACCCUCCUGCAACAAUCCUUUAGAAAGCAAAGAGUAUUAAUAAUGCACUCGCACUUGUGAGUCAACGUUCUCUGUGAAUGGAGUUUACUAUUUGGAGUUUAUCAAAGAAUUGUGUUGCAUUCUCACGGUAUUUUCAGUACAUGAAGGAAUUGAAGUUCUCCUGCUGAGAAUCCUCCUUGUUAAUAAUGAAUUUUAUUUUUUAUAAGACUUGACAUUCCUGUACCCAAACUAAGCCGUGUGCCUAAAGGAAGUCAUGUAUUCGUCAAUAAAAAAAGAAAGAAGCUGAAACCAAGCCAGGAACCCCAGCAGGCCAUGUGUCAGAGUUUAAUUCACCAUACAAGUUGCCUUUUAAGCUUUGAAGCAUCAAUAAGUAUACUUCACUACUUACACUACUGUCCAAAGAGCUUGCAGCAGGGAUUUCAAGUUCAUCAUGAUCCUUCAACUGUUGCAAACUACAACUCCCUAUAGCAGAGAUGUCAGACUCACAUCCUUCCAGAUUGAGUUUCCUAACACUAGACAUAACCAGAGAAGGAUAAAGGUUAAAAAAAUUGGUUUAAGAGGAAGUCAGAUGUUUCUAUAUCUCUCCAGAAAAAAAGCAGUCCAUUGUUGGCUUCCCCAAACAAAUAUCUCAACUGCCAUCUCUGCAUAACAGGCCAGGUAUUUGGCAUUCUGUUCUACUAUUCUUCUAGAACAGACAAUUUAGUGUUGAUCUCACCUGCACCAAAGUUGGGAUAUUUUAUAUCAUGGCCUUUAAAAGCUCAUGGCAUCUUGAGUUGGACAGCUGCUCAGAACCAAAACUCGCAGAACCCUACACAAGCCAAACAUGUGUUAGGAUGCUGUCGUACAUAAACUGUUGGUGGGACACAAACUUGACAUCUCUGGCUGACAACCUGAAGUUGGUACAAGGAGUUCAGGAAACAUUUACCGGGUUUCACAGAACAAAGCCCAGUGCAUCUUUGAUCUUGUUAGUGAUGGGUGAUGUUGUUUUGUAUCUCUGCAUUGGUGCAUUUGGUUACAUUCCAAGAGUAAGUCCUAGAUAUACUAAAGAGUGAAACAAUCUCUUGGCAAGUUUCUUAUCUGCUUUCUAGUGAUUUUUAUGGCAUAAUUGGGUGAUUUUAUUGUGUCUGGGGAAUUUUUACUUGUGCAAUGGCAACAUCUCCAGAAAAUAUGCCAUUUGCUGCUGCUUCUCCAAAAGCCAAAUGCUUAAAAUUCACCAGAAAGUAAAUAAAGAACCGAAAAGAUUCUCAUGCUCUGUGGAUGCUCAUGUGGUAAUGGAGUCAUGCUAGAGCUGGGAAAAUGAUUUUGUUACAAAUACCAAUACCAUAACAACUGUAUGACGUCUGGGACUUAUGGACCUGCUCCACAGUUUCCCAUCUGUGACAAUACCUCCCUUUCUACGCACUCUGUGAGUGUCUUCUCAGAACCUCCAAGACUCUUUCAUUUUCUAACUCAUUGCGCCCACCUGGGUUAAAUUAUGGUGCAUUACCUGGUACGUUUUAUUCCCAGAAUUCCUGGGCCCUUAAAAAUAAGUUGACCAUUUUACUAUUGUGCACUGUAUAUGCUCGCAAAUUGUCUCUGAUCAGUCUCAUACUCAGAUAUUUUGACCUCCUGCAAUUCUAUGCACUCAGCUCAAAAAAAACAAGUUGGUCACUAACCAGGUCAGCUGAUGGGUGGGGGGUUUCACAUAUUUAAUAUGAGAUACCUACACUUAAAACGGGGAUACACAAUAGCCUAUAUUCACCAAAGGUCAAUAAAAUAAAGUUUAAAAAAAGUAACAGUAUUACUACUGUUAAAGUAACAGUAUUACUAAAUUUUAACAUCAGUUUUAUCAAGUACCAAUAUGAAUUUUGUUUAUAAAUUUCAUUAAAGUAUAUAAAAUUUAAAUAAAGUGGAUUGAUGAUUGCAAA